CGCGGUCGAGAGCGGGAGAAAGUCCUGCUGGUGGGCGGCGCGGGACUGCGCGCGUCCGGCAUCCCGGGGCCGCUUCGGCCCGGGCGGCGAGGGGUCCGGGCGGUCCAUGCAUCCGCCGCCGCCCGCCGCCGGCGUCGCGAUGGAUUUCGGUCAGAACAGCCUGUUCGGCUACAUGGAGGACCUGCAGGAGCUCACCAUCAUCGAGAGGCCGGUCCGCCGGAGCCUCAAGACACCAGAAGAAAUAGAAAGAUUGACAGUUGAUGAAGACCUCAGUGACAUUGAAAGGGCUGUUUAUCUGCUCAGUGCUGGUCAAGAUAUUCAAGGAACAAGUGUGAUUGCAAAUCUUCCAUUUUUGAUGCGACAGAAUCCUACUGAGACGCUUCGGAGAGUCUUGCCAAAAGUCAGAGAAGCCCUGCAUGUUGCAGGAGUGGAAAUGCAGUUAACGGCUGCGGUAGCAUUUCUGACCAUUCUGCAAGAAGAGUCAGUGUCAGUCCAUACGUAUGCCCACUCCUUUCUCCAAGUCAUUCUCCUGCAUCUGGAGCAAAGGGACACAGGUGUCAGCAACGCAUGGCUGGAAACUCUCCUGGCUGUGAUAGAAGUAUUGCCAAAGGAAACUCUAAGGCACGAGAUUUUGAAUCCACUUGUUUCCAAGGCACAACUUUCCCAAACAGUCCAGUCUCGUUUAGUUAGUUGUAAAAUUUUAGGAAAAUUGGCCAACAAAUUUGAUGCCCAUACUAUUAAAAGAGAAAUACUUCCCCUGGUAAAAUCACUCUGUCAAGAUGUAGAAUAUGAAGUUCGAUCUUGUAUGUGUCGGCAACUAGAAAAUAUAGCUCAGGGCAUUGGGACAGAACUCACAAAAAGUGUGGUGCUCCCUGAAUUAAUAGAACUCUCUAGAGAUGAAGGCAGCAGUGUGCGACUUGCAGCUUUUGAAACUUUGGUUAAUUUACUUGACAUAUUCGAUACAGAUGACAGAAGUCAAACUAUCCUUCCCUUAGUGAAAUCGUUUUGUGAAAAAUCUUUCAAAGCAGAUGAAUCAAUUCUUAUUUCAUUAUCUUUUCAUUUAGGAAAACUAUGCCAUGGACUAUAUGGAAUUCUUACUCCAGAUCAACACUUGAGAUUUUUGGAGUUUUAUAAGAAACUUUGUACAUUGGGUUUGCAACAAGAAAAUGGACACAAUCUGGAAAACCAGAUUCCACCCCAAGUCCUAGAGCAGGAGAAGAAAUAUACUUCAGUACGAAAGAAUUGUGCCUAUAACUUUCCGGCCAUGACUGUUUUUGUUGAUCCUAAGAACUUUCACAUGGAACUCUAUUCUACAUUCUUCUGCCUUUGUCAUGACCCUGAGGUACCAGUCAGAUACACUAUUGCUAUUUGCUUUUAUGAAGUGUCUAAACUUCUGAAUUCUGGUAUAUAUUUAAUACAGAAAGAACUGAUAACAUUAUUACAAGAUGAAUCACUAGAGGUACUAGAUGCUCUUGUAGAACAUCUUCCAGAAAUCUUGGAACUUAUGUCUACUGGUGGAGAAAGCAGUGUUCAAGAAAAUAAGUUGUCCUCUCUGCCUGACUUGAUUCCAGCACUCACAGCUGCUGAGCAGCGAGCUGCAGCCUCUCUGAAAUGGAGAACCCAUGAGAAGCUGCUGCAGAAAUAUGCCUGUCUGCCUCAGAUCAUAUCAAGUGAUCAGAUUUAUUACCGUUUCUUGCAAAGAAUGUUCACCAUCAUGAUGACAAAUAAUGUCUUACCUGUCCAAAAGGCAGCUUCACGAACUCUAUGUGUUUUUCUACGAUAUAACCGUAAACAAGAACAGAGACAUGAGGUCAUUCAAAAAUUAAUUGAACAACUUGGUCAAGGAAAAAGUUACUGGAAUAGGCUUCGAUUUUUGGACACCUGUGAAUUUAUCAUAGAAAUCUUUUCCAAAUCAUUUUUCUGUAAAUAUUUCUUUCUGCCUGCUAUUGAACUGACACAUGAUCCAGUAGCAAAUGUAAGAAUGAAACUUUGCUAUCUGUUACCCAAAGUCAAGUCAACUCUGAAGAUUCCUGCAGAUAAGCAUCUACUUCAGCAGCUAGAAAUGUGUGUGCGAAAACUGCUGUGCCAGGAAAAAGACAAAGAUGUCCUGGCUAUUGUGAAGAGAACUGUACUAGAGUUGGACAGAAUGGAAAUGUCUAUGGAUGCUUUUCAGAAAAAGUUUUAUGAAAAAGAUUUGUUGGAUCAAGAGAAGGAAAGAGAAGAACUACUUCUUUUGGAAAUGGAGCAAUUAGAGAAGGAGAAGCAACAGAAUGAUGGAAGGCCCCUGAGUGACAAGAUCUUUGAUAAGAAACGCAGAGACACUAAGACACUGACGCAAAGUCUGCCCAAGAGCAUCCCCAUCUCUGUUCCUGGACCCUCUUCUAGCACCCCAUCAACAAGCAAAGAAAUCAAGAAAUCCAAAUUGAUUCGAAGCCAGUCUUUUAAUAAUCAAGCUUUUCAUGCAAAAUAUGGCAACUUAGAGAAAAGUGCUAGUAAGAGUUCCACAGCAGCAUAUGCACCCUCUGUCUCAGGGUUAGCAAAGACUGCAGUGCUUUCACUAACUGAUGAUUCAUUCCGGGCUCGUAGUGCCAGUAAUGUUCCACCUUCCUAUUCUCCCAAUCCUGCCUUACCAAGUACCUCCCGUGGGACGAGUAGCACAGCUGAUUCGAAGAACAGUGGGAAUAAAGAUCCACAACCCCGGAAGGCCGUGUCGAAAUCUAGAAAAUCCAACCCUUAAAUCAACUGCAUAAUGAAGGAGGCAGACAGAGACCGCUAGAGAUGACAUGAUCAGUGGGCAAAAGCAGAAGCAGUGGCUGGGACCUCUUUAAGGUGUUUUUGUUUUUGUUUCUGUUUUUAAUGAAAUGGGAAAAGACCCAGAAUGGCAGCUGAUAUUAAACUUACCAUAUUUGGAAUUAGAUCCCUAGGAGGUAUAAUUAAUAGAUAUUUCUUAAAUAAUAAUAAUAAUGUGGUUACAGAAUUCCAAUGUAACAGUGCAAUGUAAUGAAAAAUAACUGGGCGUGUGCGUUAGUGACUGCUGCGGUGAGACAAGCCUGCCUUUCUUUGUGCAGGAACCCAGCUCUCCCAUUGCCCUAGAGGGUAGUGUUCAGAUAGGAUAAGACAGUGCAAGUCAGCGGACCUUGCCCUUGCUGGGUCGUCACAGGGACAGGAGCUUGGGAAGUAAGGAAGUUACUGCACCCUCUUAUGGCUCUCCAAGCCAGGAUGAAAGGACAAACUGAACAGCUGUCCAUAGUUUUAUCAGUUCCAUGAUUCCAGGACAUCCCCACAUUUCAAUUUGGCAUUGAAAAUUCUAUAAAGACUUCUGAUAACUGUGAGCUACA